AGAAUAACUUCCCAUCCUGGAAAUAAAGUCAGACGACGUAUAUUUGAGGAGCGGUUGGAGAAGCCCCACCAAAUCAGUGCCUAUAAUAGACUGCAGGCACUCCAGGCCUGCAGCGAGAGGAUCCCGAGAAGUGAUCUUCAUCUCCCGCCGUCCUUGUACAGCCGAGAGAUAACUUAUGCAGACAUCCGUAGACAGAGGCGGAAAGUAAAGAAAGCAAGGGAGAGACUGGCAGAGGCCUUGAGGGCAGACAGGCUGGCCAGCGAGGCAGAGAGAAUGAGGAGCCAAAUGAAGACCUGA